AUGUUGGCAGUUGCAUCACUAAAACGUUCGCUGGAAUUCGAUCCAGUUGAACAAGGUGUUAAACGUAAACGAGCUGAGCUGAAAUUACCAACAACAACAACGUCAUUCACAUUAAACAACACUCCUUCAUCACCAUCGAAACAAUCAUCGAUAUUUACAUCCUCGCCUAUAAACAAACAAGCAAUCAAAUCAUCAUCGUUAAGUUCCAUCUCAUCGUCACCAUCAUCAACAGCCGAUGACAAACCGAUGUUUACAUACAUCCAAACUGCUCAAAUGUGUGCUCGACUUUUACGUGAACAAGAUAAAUCCAUACGUGAACAGUAUGAACAACUAUUAGCCACGAAACGUAAUGAACAAUACGAACAAUUCGUGAUAUAUUCCCAUGAUAACAUUCAUCGAAAUUCUUCCAAAGAGAAGUUAGUUCACUUCAGCCAACCACAAGAAUCCGAUCAGACAUCCAUUGAAGAUUUGUCUUAUAUAUCAUGA